GUAUGAAUAAGGCUACGUAUAUCUUAAGAUUUUUGAAUUUGAUUUACGAGAUUACUCUGAACUUGUUAUUGUUGUUAUAUCUGUAACGUUCUUGAAUAUAAGAAAACGUUUACUUGUAUAAUUCUCUUAUAGCAUUCAUUUUCCCAAAUAACUGAUUGGAAAUUGGAGUUUAUCAAUUAAAGAGAGGGGAAUUCUGUUUGUUUUUCUGGAAUUCUUCAUUGGUGAAUGUAUAUUUUAGGGUUUAUACAUACACAAGGUGGCUAAUGAGAAUUUACGUGAUAUGAAAUUGGUUAAGAGAGGUAACAAAUGGAUGCCAUAGUGGACUCAAUGGAGAAGGCAUAUCAAGAAUUUGUAACAGCAGCAGCCAUUGUGUUAGAGAAAAGCGAAGCUAAUGGUGGCAAACAAGUAGAUGGUGUGGAUCCAUCUCUUGGAAGUUUCGUUCGACAUUUGCAAUUGUUCAAAGGUACUUGCGAUGAAGCACAAGAGUUUGUUGAGUAUUUGAAGAAUAGUUUAGAAUGUGGAAAAUUUCCAGAUAAUUUGUCUUAUUCUCCGGAACAGGUGUCAGAUAAUGAUCAUAGCAAUUCACCUAUUAAGGCCGACGAUGACAAAACGUCGAAGACAUGCAAGUACAUCAAAAACUUAGAAUAAGGUUGAAGAACGAGGAAAUAUUUUAGACAAAUUGUUACGAAGAGCUGUGGUCUUGAUCAUAAUGCGCAAAAUGGUUGAAGUUAAUUGAACAGUUUGCACCACUUUUGUUUUUUUUGAGAUUUUGUAAGUCAAUAAUGUUCAUAUGAUGUUUCUCAACAUUUGAGUUAGUUUAUUAUCCAUGGUUUUAUUUUAGC